AUGCCGCCUAAAGGAUCGCGCGUCGUGCACCACGACAACGACUCGAGGUCGGACGGCUCGAGUUCGAAGACCAACCACAACGCCGCGAAGAACAAGCGCCCGAAUGGCACAAGCAACCUGCGUGAUGCGAAGAGCGUGAACGAUGCAACCGCAGCACAGAAUGCCUCGUCUAGCAAUGGAGUGAGUGUCUGCGUUAGCCUCAAGCACCGUCUCGCAAGACCAAGGCUGACCUCAAGGCACAGUNUCACAUGGGCCCAGGAAGACCUGUCUCUCCUACAGCAAUACCGCGCCGCACAUCGUAUGGACACGCCUUCAGCAUUCAACUCGAUACGCAACCAGUUCCUACUCACCAACCCGGGCAUCGGCAGACAGUCGCCGACCAUGGCCAGGCGCAAAGCAAAGAGGAAGGUACCCAAGGAACAACUCGCCAUGGCAGUGAGGAAAAACUUCAACGACGCAGCCGUCAACGAGAUUGACGUUAUGGUCGAUCUGCUGUACAAAGUGCGCAACCAGGGUAUGUCGUCCUGCAACGUGCCGCCUCCUUGUCCCAAGUGCUGA